AUGGUGACUCCCCCGUGGUCAGUCUCACCUGCCUCCCCGCCUGCACCCAUGCAGCACAGCCAUGCACCAGCUCUCACCCAUGCAGCACAGCCAUGCACCAGCUCUCACCCAUGCAGCACAGCCAUGCACCAGCUCUCACCCAUGCAGCACAGCCAUGCACCAGCUCUCACCCAUGCAGCACAGCCAUGCACCAGCUCUCACCCAUGCAGCACAGCCAUGCACCAGCUCUCACCCAUGCAGCACAGCCAUGCACCAGCUCUCACCCAUGCAGCACAGCCAUGCACCAGCUCUCACCCAUGCAGCACAGCCAUGCACCAGCUCUCACCCAUGCAGCACAGCCAUGCACCAGCUCUCACCCAUGCAGCACAGCCAUGCACCAGCUCUCACCCAUGCAGCACAGCCAUGCACCAGCUCUCACCCAUGCAGCACAGCCAUGCACCAGCUCUCACCCAUGCAGCACAGCCAUGCAUCAGCUCUCACCCAUGCAGCACAGCCAUGCACCAGCUCUCACCCAUGCAGCACAGCCAUGCACCAGCUCUCACCCAUGCAGCACAGCCAUGCACCAGCUCUCACCCAUGCAGCACAGCCAUGCACCAGCUCUCACCCAUGCAGCACAGCCAUGCAGCCCGCUCAACACUCUCUGAACCCACCGUCCAUCACGCGCAUGGACCGCACUCACCCUGCUGCCCGCUUCUCUCCCUCCCCGCCGUUCUCCCAUGCAUGUGCCUGCAGCUGCAGGCGCUGUUGCGCAUGGGCAUGCCAGCGGGGGUGUGCAGCACGCGCAACGCCACCACGCCACUGCACGUGGCGGCGUAUGGCGGCCACGUGGACUGCAUGUGCCUGCUGGCGGCUGUGCGUGCCUGGCGGCUUGACCAAGCAGCAGUGGGAGGCAGUGAGAUGACUUGCACACCAGGGAAUAGAGCCAGCAGAGGUAGAAGCAGCGGGGGCCAACCCCAAGGCGGUUCAGAUAGUGUGGGAGGAGCAUGCGCGGCGGGCAGGCCAAGGAGGGGAGAGGGGGCAUGGGUUUUGGAAGGAUGGUGUGCUCAUCUUGUCUCCCCUUUCCCCUCUCAUCUCCACUCUACCCCAUCCCUCUUCCUGCCCUCCUGUCCCCAUCCUUCUCCCUCAGGAGAGCCGUACACCAACUGCACCGCUCUGAACCCAUUUGUGCAGUGGAAUCUGCAGCCGCUGCUACCAGCCACUCCCCCCUCCUUCACCCUCACCUCACCACCCCCACCCGCCUUCACGCCGCCAUACGCCCUCUCGUCCAUCUGCUUGUGGACGUCCCUCUCCGCCAUCGCACCUGGUCGCACACAAGCAACAGCCCUCCAGCCACUGCCGCCACACACAAAGCCUGCUGAUGCAGAUGCUGGCAGUGGAGGCGAGAAGGCAGUGGGGGGCGCAGUUGGUUCGAGUCAGGGCGUGCAGGGGGAGUGGGCAGUGGCGGGGUAUGAGGCGAUGCAUGUGGUGCAGGUGGGGGGUGGGUGGCGCCAGGGUAGCUAUGGCCUGCCCUCCUCCCUCGCUGCCUCUGCUGCACCUGCUGUGUCUGGAAGGCAAGGUGACUUGUCUGGAAACCUUUGUUGCACUUCUUUGUAG